UCCUCAUCCUCCAUCUCCUCUUCUUCUUCAUCUCGUACUCCUUUUAUUAUUAUUCGUCGACUACCAGCCCAGCGGGUUUUCCUCCACUGGACAUCCCAGUGUUUUAGUUCGGCCGCUGUCGUUGUCCAAUGGCGUCCCAUAUAUAUACAAGGUUGCUGCACGAGUAAAACACUGUUUGAGUCCUAAGCCGAUCGGCGAACACGUUUUGUCUCUCGGUGCAAUAACUAAUAAGUGGAAGUUAUUUUAUUGGCAGUUUUUAAAAAUAAGGAUUAAAAAUGACUGUAAAAAGUUUAUUACAAAACCUCGCAAUUUGCAAAGUGCAAUAACCAACUGAUUGAAAUUAAACAGCAAAUACGUGGAUCGUUAAAAAUUUAUAAAAAUCAUAAAACCCCGUUCACACCGAUAGAAACGUGUUUACCUUGAAUAUUAUUAUUAUUUAUUAAAUACAACGUGCUAUUGUGACAACAAGCUAUUUAACUGCUGACGUAGAAAAUCGUCAAUGCUCAAUAGUUCGUCUCGUGUGUGGUGAUUAAAAAAGAAAAAAAAUUUUUUUCAAAUUUAUUUAUCCUUUAUCAAAAAGUGACUCCGGCGACUAAGCGAACGUUAUUACUUCACUUCGACAAGUCCGACGUUCUAUGGCGACACGAGGAUGCGAUAUCGUUGUUGAUUAAAUUAAUUAAUUAAUUAAUUAAAAGGAGCAUAGAGACAGGGAUAAUAAAUAAUAAAUUUAUCAAUCGUUAUAACAGUUCAUUCGUUUCCUGUGCGUCUCUCCUUAUCUUCGACUUACUCUCAAAUAACAUUAACUUUAGCAAUGAUGGGCUUUGCUUUGUCGCGUAUGACAGUUUUCAAAUUUCGACGAAUUCCCGAAAACACUAUUAGCCGCCGAUUGACGCGCUGUCGCAGAAUUAAGAAAUAGACUUUUAUUUUAUCUCCUCGUUCAAUCGUCAACGCAUACGUCUCGUACCCGCCUUGACGUUGAAGACUGAAAAAUUAACGAGCUCAAAAUUUAUAACAGUAAAACUUCGACUUCGACUAAAUGAUUUUAUAGUGUUGUUAAUGCGUAAAGUCAAUAAAGGAAAGUCAAGUCACAAAGUCGUGUAAAAACGAUAAGUCGCUUGACAGAUUUUCAGGUGCAGCGGAAGAAUCGUAAACACUUAAAGAGCUGGUUCUGUGCAAAAUUCAUCAUUUUGCGAUUAGGUCGGCAGUUGGGUUUUAUGAAAAUCUGAAAAUUUUGUUUUGAUUUAAUUUUUCAUUUUUUUUUUAAUGUGCGAUUGGGAAUUGUGUUAAUUAAAUAAUUUUUUUUUAUCUUUGAUAUACAAUUUUUUUUAUCGUCAUUUACCAUCAUUCACCAUGACUUUCGACGCGAGUGUUCCGCUUACCGAUGGUAACAAUGUUAAAAUAAUAAAUGGGGGAAAGACGAAUUUGGCGAAUAUCGAAAUUCGCGAAUAUCGUCGAAGAUGGUUGGUGCUGUUCAUCUUCGUCCUGUUUGCUGCGUCCAAUAUGAAUCAUUGGGUUCAGUACUCCAUUAUUGGCAACAUAGUAUCCAAAUACUACGGUGUUUCGGCAACUACCGUCGACUGGACGUCCAUUGUUUUUAUGCUGGCUUACAUACCUGUUGUUUUUCCCUGUAUAUAUUUUAUGGACCGAGUUGGAUUGAAAUGGAUGAUUCUGGGAGGAUCGAUCAUCACGUCGAUAGGUUCCUGGCUGAAAGCAGUCUCCGUGGCACCAGACAGAUUUUACUUGGUGCUACUUGGUCAAAGCAUAGUAGCCGUAGCACAGGUCACUGUGUUAUCGGCUCCCGGCCGUAUCGCAGCCAACUGGUUCAAUUCCAAGCAAGUAUCCACGGCAACGUCAAUGGGAUUGUUCGGCUGUCAAUUGGGAAUAUCUUUGUCAUUUUUAAUGACCCCGUUGCUCGUGAGAAAUCACGAGAAUCUGGUAGACAUCGGUAACGAUAUGUCAUGGUUUUUUCGUGGAGUUGCUAUUUUCUCGACGAUCUGUACAUUCGCCAUAUUUUUUUUUUUCAUGGAAGAGCCCCCCUUGCCACCUAGCGAAACGCGGGCUCUUCAAAAGAUGAGGAAGGAGGAGAGCAAGGACAGCUUUUUCGAAUCGAUUAAAAAUCUUUUGUGCAAUCGGAGCUAUUUGGCACUUUGCAAUUCAUUUGGAAUAAUAAUUGGCAUUCUCAAUGCCGUUAGCACUCUUCUCAAUCCGAUGUACUUGAUUCACUUUAAGAACGGAGAAGCCGAAGCUGGGCAAAUAGGACUGGCUAUCGUUAUAACUGGGAUGUUCGGUGCUAUAAUUUUUGGAGUUAUUUUGGACAAAACGAAGAAGUUCAAACUGACAAUAACGAUUGUUUAUUUUGGCGCAACAGCAUUUCUUAUCAUGUUCUCCAUUUUUCUACUGCUGGAAAUCAAAUGGAUGGUUUAUGUGUCGUCUAUUGUUUUUGGAUUCUUCGUUUCCGGAUAUUUCUCCGUUGGUUACGAAGUCUGCGCUGAAUUUACAUAUCCAAUAAAUGAAGGAAUGUCAACUGCAAUUUUAAACAUCACUAAUCAAAUAUACGGAAUGAUAUUUGUGUUAAUAUUUAGUCGACUAAUGGAAGAUUACGGGGACUUGUGGACCCACGUGGGACUUGUAGUGGUGAUGCUCGUAGGCGGUGUUAUCACUAUCUUCACGAAAGAUUUGCAAAAUCGAGAGGGAGCUAACAAGCACGUAAAGAGUACUCCUCUGAAAGAAGUCAUUAGCUAGUACUAUCGAAGGAAGACUUAGGUAGUACACAAAAAAAAAAACAAAAAAAAAGAAACUAAUAACGAUUUACCAAAAAAAAAAAGAAUACGUUUAUUUAGAAUUCCAAAUGUUGAAUUUUUGAUAACUAUGUAAUAAAAGAGUGUAAUUCUGGCGUUCGUAAGGACGAGAUUAUAGUUACGUUAAAAAAAAACAAAAGCUAUAACAAAAAUAUUAAUCCGUGCCAAGAUGAACAAAUUCUCACAUUUAAAGUGUAUAUUUUGUAAAAUAUAUUGUUAAAUCCUGCAUAAUAUAAUGGGAUAAUUAGAAUUAAGUUUACUAACGUAACGAACAUUAAUUAUUGUCAAAGUGCGAAUUUCUUUGUAACUCUUAGUGACGUUAAUCUGAUCUUGUCGCGAAACAACAAGAGCAUAUAUGAAUAUAUAAAACAAAAUUGUGCA